AUAAAAACACCAUUAAAUAAUUACUUAAAUGUGUCAUUAAUUAAUUAAAAUUAGAAUUAAAUACAUAAAAGUGUAAUUAAAUGUGUCAUUAAUUAAUUAAAAUACUGAUUCAUUGUAUGUAAAAUGCAUAUAUAACUAUUUUACUAUUUACAUUUACAUUUCAUGGGCCUGCGUUGCAGCGCUUCAUGAAUUACUUAAAACUGUCAAAUUGACCCAUCAAAAGUUGGUAGGCGGAACCUAACGCCUGAUUGGUUACCCUGUGCAUCAAGUCAAGACAAAUCAAUUCGAGAUACUGGAUUGAUGCAGAGCUACUGAACACAUUCCAAUACACUUGGUGGCGCUAUUCACCUCUACGUUGGUUUGGAUACGCUGUUAAACAGAACUUUCAUUGCAACGGCUAAAAAUAAAGGAGAUUACGCGGUCCUGCUAGCCCCAAUGUUGAGACGCCGUGCAGGACAAAAUGUCAAAAAGUUGCCCAGAGCUGCUGAGAGAAGCAGCGAAUUUGAUUGAGGAAGCUCUGCGCAGAAGUCCAACGGCUCCGGCGGCUCCGGCGGCUCCGUCACAGCAGAUACCGGCCGCUCAAUCACGUACACCUGUCCAAGCGGAGGUAGCAAGGCUCUUUGCGCCAUAUAACAUUGGAGCCAGAAGGAAUAUGACGAGACGACCAGCACAAGUCCAAGUUUGCCGAAGAAGCUACACACACACCGUCUGUUGUUUGGCUGACCACAAUGCGGAUAAAAUUCCAAGCGUACUGUUUAAAGCUGAACUUCUUACUUCAGGACUUGGAGAGCAAAAAGUAACAUUUUCAGGGAAUGACCACGAUCCCAUGGUUAUAACAAAUAAACUGAUGGAAGUGUUUCCGAAGCUCCAACAAGGUGGAGGCUUUGAAUUUCUAAAACUUGUAGGAUCGACUCGCAGUCGAAAUCUUGCAUUGCUUCAGUGUCCCAGCACUGGAUACACCCUUGCCUAUCUGAAAGAUCCAUCGACGAUGAUUGGACAGGCUACCAUCUACAUACGUCCACUUCAACAGGAUCUAUCCUUAGAUUGUGAGAGCUCACGUCCUGCCUCUGGUCCAGUCAUCCCCUGCAUCACUUGUCAGAAGGAAGUUCCCUUUUCAGAGAUGAAGCUGCACAGAUUGAGCUGCAAUGGGACACCCAUGCAGGAAUCAGAAAGAGAACAAGAGGGAGGCCAAAGGGAAGAAAAUGAUAGUGAGACCGCCCUAGUCAGUGACAGUGUUCCAGAGAGGUCUGAAACAUCAGCCGAGAGUGCAGUAGUACCAGCAGUGAUUGUUAACGAGGAGUUGGAUCACAAAGAAACAGACAGUGAAUGGAAGCUUAUUAAAGAACCCACUCAAGCUGCCAAAGUUUUCAAAGAGAAUCUGCUAAGGGAACAUGCAACUGGGAAACCACUUAGAAUGAAGAUGGAUGUAAGGGAGUCUGAAGAGGACCGGGAACGGGAGCUUCUCUUAUUCUAUAAACAGCAGCAAGAAUGGGCAUGUCCACUUCAUUGUACUCUGGUUGGUGAUGUUGCUAUCGGAGAGGGAGUGAUGCGGUACUUUAUGACAACAAUCAUAUCCAAACUCCAGUUUGGAUUCAGUCUAGAUCUUGGAGGAAUGGGCCGAACACUGCUAUUUGAGGGUGAACCUGACCAUCUUGUUCCAGCAGCAUCAGAGGCACUUAAUGAAAGCAACCUCUUCCGGGUUGCAGGAAGGAUGUUGGCCCACACCUUUCUGCAUGACGGUCCCCAUGUCACAGGAUUAAGUCCUGCUGUAAUUCAUGUACUCUUCAAUGGGGACCCUGAAAUGGCUACUGUUGUUGUUAAAGACUGUCCUGAUCUGCACAUCAGGAGCAUCAUAGAACUGCUUGAACAUGAAGAACUUACACCGGAACAGAAAGACACAGUUUCAGAUCUUUCCAUGUCUUGGGAUCUUCCGGCAGUCACCAAAACAAAUCGGAGAUGGCUACAUAAUAAACUUCUACUCCAUGCAGUCGUUGGGAGGACCAUGCGCCAAAUUAAACAGUUGAGAAAGGGACUGAAAGAUGUGAUGGUAUGGCCCCUGCUGACAUCUAGGCCAGAUGUUGUCCCACUUCUUUUCCCCAAAAUGGCUGAAAUGCAGUUCACACCCCAGAUGCUCCUAGAAAAAAUCACAUGGCCAGUUGAGGACAGUGAUGAUGAAGACUUUGACUUGGACACCACCUGCCGCAUCACUGGCUUUUUAAGGAUGUUCAUUGAAACAGCUUCAUCAGGUACCCUGGCCCAGCUGCUGACAUUCUGGGUUGGCUGGGAGAUGCUUCCUCCUGAAUUGAUAGUGGAGAUUUCUGGGGGAACCCUUCCUACGUCCUCCACAUGCUUUGAAACCCUAAAGCUGCCAGCUCAUUUCAAAAUCUACAUGGACUUUGAGAAAGCACUUGUCGCUGCUAUAAAAAGUACUGGAUUUGGGCUGGUUUAAGUUUGUUCAGACAGAUGUCAAUUAGGGCUGGGUAAUAUUUCAAUAUUAUAUCUAUCGUAAUUUUGACAUGUAAUGUUACAUGGUAAGUUCAGUCUUUUCCUGGUUUCAAAGGCUGCAUUACAGUAAAGUGUAAUUUUCUGAAUUUACCAGACUGUUCUAGUAUUUGCCUUUAACCACUUAGUCAUUAUAUCCACAUUAUGAUGGUUAUUUAUCAGAAAUUUAAAGGUGGAAGA